UCGAUGUUGAGCGAUAUAAAACAGUGAGACCUUUAGCGUGACGUCUUUUAUUCAUGUUGAUGUUCGCAAACAUAGAACAAUAACGAAAUCGGUCGUUACUCAUCUCAUCAGCAAAAAUAAAAAUAUGAAAGUCACCUUAUAUAAAAAACACCAGCAACAUAUCACAAGUCUAUUCUUAGGUCUACUGUUGUCAUUAUUUUAUAAUCAAAAGGAAUUGCUUCAACAAUAAACUAUACGUAAUAAAACUGCUUAAAAAUCAUCGUAUUGUAUAUAUGGGAGUGGUUAAUUGAGUCUACGUUUGCAUUUCGACUUGUUGACAAAAGAAUUCCAAUGGUUGAACCAAUUUUUGUCUUCGGUGGAAAAAACUAAAUUAUAAAGCUGUUAUGUCCCAAACCUUCACUUAUAUCUAAUUUCAUUCAUGAAAUAAUAUAUACUUCGGUUUGGGCAACCGGAUAGUAUCAUUAGCCCUCACACUCAAAGUGUCGCUCAUAUUCAAGUAUCUAGUGAAUGAGUUAAUUACGUAUUAUAUUUAUGAAAUAUGACACCAUAGAUUUGUAUUUAGUGUUGUCCAUCAUUAUUACUGUUCAGUUGAAGGACACUUUUGAAAAUUAUAGAAGAUAUCAUCAAUAAUAAAUACAUCUAAUAGAAAAUCCUAAACUCAUAUAGUUUACUUGUGUAUGCUUACCAAUGCACAUUGCCAUAAAUGUCACUUUUAAUCGUAACAACUUAACACCUAAAUCAAUCUUCACUAAACUUCAUCGUAUCGUUUUUCUGUACGUACUUAGUAGGAAGUCUUCUAAACCCACCUCAGGUUCGUUAGUCUUAAGCUAACUGUCGUCUUAUGAUUAUUCGCAGCUCAUAUAUACGUAGCUUAGUGGUAACGUUUUUAAUUGAGCUACCGAAUGAUUCAGGUUUGAAUUUCGUCAGUUGGAUUAGUUCCUAAUUAAUACAGACAAACAUGAAACCCUCAUAUUUGAAGACUAAAUUUUAAUUCAGUAAUAAUUUCACCACAUUAAGCCUUAAUUAUCAGCAUAUCGUCGAUCUUUUGUAUGGUCAUCUUAACAUAUGACAAUAUAAUUGAGGUUGGAAUUACAGACGGAUUUGUACUCACUCUUGAAUCUACCUGCUCGCUGAGAGUCCUGGGGUUGUAUGUGAACACUACUUUAUUUUAUUUUAUUUUAGCACUUAGAUAUUGGUACAAGGAGGCACCAAAUACAUAUGCGCCACACAGAUCUCGUUUGAUUUGUGUGAGGGCUGUGAUACUGUCCUGGCGCCCAAACCGAAGCAGGUGGUUUUCUACGGGGACCACACCCGGAGCCUUCGACCUGAAGGUCUGAUCCACAGGGCAGUGAAGCAUCGUAAGGAGAUGCAGUCCCAUGGUAGUCGGUGACCAACGAUUGACUCAUACGCCAUUUGUUCCUUCAGGAUACUGGAGCCCAUGUGCACCACUACUAGGGAAUCUUGAACAAUUAGGUCAAAAUAACUGUCUCGUUCUCCUGGGUUUUCAUUUAUUUUCCAGAGGAUGUCAAUCUGUGAUGAAAAAUACUUGAAAAUUGAUCUAAUAUUUGAAACCCACAUAACUUAGUGUUUACUUAUUUGUUUUUUUAGCAAGUCCUACCACCGAUUUUGGAACAGAUUAUUGAGUGCCGUGAUGUUAUCGCACAAGAAUAUCUCAUGGAUGUGGUCAUACAGGUUUUUCCUGAUGAGUUUCAUUUGGCCACCUUACCUCUGUUGUUGCGUACUUGUAAUCAUUUACAAGCUGGUGUGAAAUUGAAACCGAUUGUUUGCAGUCUUAUCGAUCGUUUGUCUAAACAUGUAGCUACUGAAUUAGAAGCUGGACGUGAAUUAAAAAUUGAAGUAUCAUGCAAUAAUUAUUCACCAAUUAAAGCAAAAACUUCUUGUAAUAAUAUCAACGGUAAUGAUGAUGAUCAUAAUAAUAACGGUAAUCAUUCUUCUCUACAUAAUGAUAAAGAUAUAUCUUUAUCAACAGUUUAUGAUGUUCAAUUAAAAAACUCUAAUCAAAAUCAAGAGAACAUAAUAAAGAAUGAAAUGAAUACUUCUAAUAAUAUUGAUCAAACUUCCAUGUCAACAAAAACAACCACAACAACAACAACAACAACUGAUCUUUUCUCAUUAUUCUUCUAUGAAGUAAAUCAAAUUAUUCAUGCACGUUUAACAUUAUGUGAAUUAACAUUGAAUAAUUUACAAUUAUCAUCAUCAUCAUCUAAUAAUAAUAAUAAUAAUAUGAAAACUCGUCCUACAAUACAAACUGUAGCAAUAAUGAAUGGUUUACCAUUAGAAGAUAUUCCAGCAUUUUAUUCAGUUUUAGUUUAUUUAGCUAUGAUAAUUCAUCCAAAUAAUUGUUCUUCCUUAAUUGAUAUUUGUUUAAAUGCUACAGCGGAUGCAUUGAAUCAUGUUGGUCUAGUUCUAAUACCUUCAGGAUCUUCAUUAUCACGUGAUUUACUUCGCCUCCUGUAUCUACCAUUAGAUGGUACAUUUCCCCAAUCAAUGAGUGGUGCUCAUCGUAUAAGUGCUCCUAUAUCAUCACUUAGCGAUUUACGCACAGUGCUAGGAAUGUCCGGAUUUCGACGUUUAGUUUCAUUAUUAGAUCCAAAAACUACCAAAUGUCGAUUAGCUUAUGAUCUAUUGAAUGCUGCUCUAGAACGUGAUCAACGUCAGCGUCAAGUGUUACAAUUUACUCAAAAUCAUUAUAAACAUGAUAUAAAUAAAGAUUCAUCAUCGUCAUGUGCUCAUUUAUCAUCACGUUUGACUACUGAAGCAGAUCUAGAUAAUUUAUUUGAAUUAAUUGAUGGAUUGUUAACAACUGAUCCUAAUACAUGUGAAGAUCCAAAUGAAUUUAUUGAUGCACAAAGUUUAAUAGCUGGUAUGCUACAUAUUCUAGGACCAAGUCCUAAAAGUCUAGAUCCAGAUAUAUGUUUCAAAUUGUUUACAAAAGCUCAAUUACGUUUAGAACAAGCUGGACACGCAAUUGUUCGUUUUAAUUUUCCUGCACUUGUUUUUCAAAGUCUUCAAUUAAUACAAACCUAUUAUGAAUUACGUAAUCAAAAUUCUAAUUGGGAAGAAAGUGUUACAAAUGUAGUGAGAUUUUGUCAUCGUUGUUGUACAUGUUUAGUAGCAGCUGAUGCAUCUGAAUCAGCCUUACGAUUAUUUUUAUACUCAGCACUGGUAAUUGAUAAAAUACAAUUUACCAAUCAAGAAUCAAUGAUAUAUGAGUUUAUUUCACAAGCACUUACACUUUACGAGGAAGCUGUUUCAGAUUCUCAUGCACAAGUUGAAGCAAUUGCAUUAAUUACUAGUACUUUAUAUCAAAUUAAUUGUUUCACUGGUGAUAAUCAAUCUACAUUACGUACUCAAUGUACACGAGCUGCAGCACGUCUACUACGUAAACAUGAUCAAUGUCGAGCAGUUUGUGCAAGUACACAUUUAUAUUGGCCAACUAAACCAUUAAUUAGGAAAGGAAUUAAGCCAAGUCUACUUAUCCCUGUGACAGAUAAUAAUCCUGAAAUUUCAACUUAUGCAAAAUUAUCUGAAACGGAAGAAUUAUCAGAUGAAUAUUACAAUAAAUUACGUGAUCCAAAAGGUGUGAUUUCAUGCUUAGAUCGAGCGGCUAGAUUUGCCAAAGAAUGUAUGGAUAGUGCUGUUCGUGCACAAUUAUUUAUUGAUAUUCUUAAUCUAUCUGUUAAUCUUCGUUUAUCUGGUUGUGAACAAAUAACUGAUGACCGAAUAAAUGAUAUCAUUAGCGAGAUUAGAAAUUUACUGAACAGUUUGGAACCAUCUCCUGUCACUGAUCAUAUAACAGUACAUUUUAAGAAUACUUUAAAUUAUAUACGAUAUGAACAACAACAACAACAGACUACUACUGCUGUCAGUGAUUCAGUCAGCAUCAGUGUUGAUACUGAUCCCGAUGUUCAGUCAUUAAGUAGCAAACUAUUUGAAUCUGUUCAAUUAUAAUGACAGAAUGGUUCUGUUUAUUAUUAUUAAUAUUCUUAUUACAUAAUGUGUAAUAAUUUAGUUCAGAAAAAUAACUGACAUUUCUUUCUUUUGAAAAAUACAACUAUUGACUACUAGUCUCACAGGAUCUUGUGUUUCUAUAUGUUUUGUGGGUGUAUUUUCAUUCCGAGUGAUUUAACAGAGAGAAAACGAUGCCAAACGGUGAUCUUACAAAUCAUUUCAAUUCAUCUGCUUAAUUUAUUUGUUUUUUAUAUAUAUCACAUAAAUUCGUCUUCCUUUGAGGACCUUCAUACUUUGUCUGUCAGAUAUAUACAUGGUGUAUACAGAUACACAUAAAUAACCCGUCAUGUAUGAUUGGUGAUUUAUAGUUGUCCAAAACCUGCAUUUUGAUUUCUCUCAAUUUUAAUAAUUAUGUAACUUUCAUUUAUUGUGACAAAGAAAUUGUGUUGCUAUGCUAAACUUUCUUGACAAAUGUUGUCUUUCGUGUAGACAUUUAAUAUUGUACCACAUUAAAUGAAUAUUAUUUCUCAAGCUUCCUUCCUUUCCAAAGAAUCAUUUAUGUGUGUCUAUCUGUAAAACUAGUUUUAUGACUGUCCAUUCCUAUUAAAUAUGCUGAUCUUUACUUCACUAGUCAUAUAAAAAGAUGAUUUCAUUUUUUUCUUAAUUUGAUUUAACACUACUUACGAUUCGAAUACAUGUUAGUUUCUGAGUAGAUUCAUUUGAUUUUUUUCAUUAAAAAUAACUGAUCUUAGUAAUGUUAUGACAUCGGUC